UAUCAACCACGCCAACCGACUCCCGGCAUGAGCAACAACACCAUGGCACCACCUCCUCCACCACCACAAUCGUACCAACAGACCCGCGCAACCGAGGAAGCCCGGUUACGACAAGCUAUCCUCAACCACAAACGCAACCUAGACGAAGCGCGAGUAGCGAACAACUCAACCAACUUUUGCCAGAUCUUAGGAGUAGUGAAAGAAGCCCACAAGGAACUAGAAGAGUUCCUUGAGGGACGUCGCCACCGGUCAACCGUGUAGAAGGUGGCAGGGUACAACCCUUAUCUGAUCAACCCAAGUACAAUGGAACCCUUCGAGCAUCCUUGACCAGGACCUUCCAGCCAACGUCGCAAGCGAGCUCACGACGAGGACCUUGAGGAGAUGGCGGAGAACGCCUCCAACCUCCUGGACAUGUUCUUGUUAGUGAAAAAGAUGAAGAAAGACGACAAGGACCCAGAAUCGAAAGGAAAAGGGAAGGAGAGAGAACAAUGAAAAAUGCUCUAUCCCUAAUUCACCCUCUCUCAGCUCACUUAAGUUAGAAGAAGAAGAAUUAGAAGAGGUAAAACAUCAAAGACUGUUCAACCAGUCAGAUUUGGUUUCCUACAAUCCCUCCUCUGUAUCUGUUUCAAAUUCAUAUUUAGAUUUAGAAGAUCUUGUCAGACAAAAAACUUAUGCUAUUUACAAGAAGGUUGAGCAAUUAAAUCCAAAUUUGAGUUC